UGUAAUUAAUAAAAGAUGGUAACUGUGAUCGUUAACGUUAAAGAAUCACUUUACUGCAAAACAAACGGAGUACCGGACACUGAAUCGAGCUCUCAUGAAGCGCUCUCCUCCUUCCUUCCACCGCCUCGCCGCCGCAACGUCUUCCGACGGUGUCACAGCCGCCGCUACGCCUUCUGACGCUGCCUCCGCUGUCGCAUCCCGUACUGCCAUGUACAACCAUACGCACUUCGGAGGCCGCAGGGGCCGCGGUCGGAGAAGUUACUCCGACCAUCCUUCUGGAGGCGGCCGUGGAGACCAGCAGGUAUCCGGGGACUCUCAUUUCCGGUCGGUACAGGACACUAAUCGAGGGUUUCGGCCAUCAUAUAGCCGUGGUGGGAACUUUCCGAAUUCUCGUUCGCAACCCAGGCCAUAUAGUCCGCGACCACCGCCGCCGUCUUUCACUCAUCAUCCUCCUUAUUAUUCCGCUCAUCCUCCACCUCCGAAUUUAUACUCCAAUCAACAGUUUCAUAGACCGCCGCCGCCUUCAUUUUAUAAUCAGCAGUUAAAUAGACCACUACCACCCCCAGGCUGGCCGCCUUUUGAUCAGAACCAGCAGUUCAGGCCGCCUCGACCGCCGCAUGAGUUCCGGCCGCGUCCGCAGCCUCCCAAGGCGUUGAAUUUCCGGGUUUGGGAGCAUGCCAAACCUGAACCUCCGCCACAUUAUGACCGAUUCACUGUUCUAUCAUACAACAUACUAGCUGAUUGCCAUGCAAUUGACCAUUGGAGAAGACUCUACUUUCACAUACCUCGGCAUAUUCUGGACUGGGAGUGGCGUAAGAGAAGUAUUAUUUUUGAACUUGGACUGUGGUCAGCUGAUAUACUGUGUUUACAGGAGGUCGACAGAUUUAAGGACUUAGAGGCUGAAUUGCAGUUGCGAGGAUACAGUGGCAUAUGGAAGAUGCGAACUGGUGUUGCAGUUGAUGGGUGUGCAAUAUUUUGGCGUGGUUCUAGAUUCAAGUUGCUGCAUGAAGAUUCCAUUGAAUUCAAAAAUCAUGGUCUUCGGGAUAAUGUUGCCCAGAUAUGUGUAUUUGAGUUAUUGGAUCAGCGUAAUGGUGAUGCUAGUGCAGCCUCCUCAACAAGCUCAUCAAAUACAAAUAAAGUUGUAAUCUGUAAUGUUCACGUACUCUUCAAUCCUCGAAGGGGAGAGAUGAAGCUUGGACAGAUAAGACUGCUUCUUGAUAGGGCUGAUUAUUUUUCAAAACUGUGGGAUGGUGCUCCUAUUGUAAUUUGUGGAGAUUUUAACAGCACGCCCAAGAGUCCAUUGUACAACUUUAUUGCAGAACAAAAGCUGAACAUAUUAGAAGUGCCUCGUGAUAAGGUUUCUGGGCAGGAGUCUGCUACUCUUAAUUUACUGAACCCCUCACCUCCUGUGAAUAGGGCCCAGUCUUCAGCUGACUCGGUUAAAGAUUCCCCGGUGUCACGGGAGGAACAAGGAAGAGAGAGCUCUUCAACACCAAAUGUAAGGACAUGGUCCCCAGAAAUUGAGUCUGUAGAUGGAGUUUCCAGAGGCAUCAGGUCUCAAAAUCAGAAUUCUGUAGUAAAUAAUUCCAGUGAUUCUUUUGUGAGUGUCCACUUUGAAGAUAAAAGUCGAGAAGGAACAGUAGAAAAUUUCCAUGAUUCCCAAAGAUCUCUUUCUGUUCCUCUUAGUGUCUCAAAAGAUAGUUCGGCUGUCUCUCCUAAUAAUGAAGAUUCAAUCUCUCCAACUAAAGAGAAAGAUGUAUCACUGCUUUCAAAUGGUAAUGUGGAGGGUUGUGAUCCAAAUCCGCAUGAAUUUAAUUACACAACUGAAAAGACUGAUGCUUUGUUCGAUAAGAAAAUGGAUAAUUUAUCACUGGACAAUGUCUUUGAAAAGGCAGAGGAUCAGUCUAUAGGUGAAGACAGUGAAGCAUUUUUAUCUGAGCUAUGUGGUGCAACUGAAUCUACUCAAUUGCAAGUAUAUGAGUCUGAAAAAUUAGAUGAGCAAUCUCAGGGAUCGGCUUUGGGGAAAGAAAUUCUCUAUUACGACAGAUUCACUUAUGAUCCAUCAGCUUGGACUCCAAUAGAGAUACAAACUGCAACGGGCAGUGUGGAUUGCACGGUAAUGGAACACCGUUUGAAGCUAAGAAGUGUGUAUCGGGAAGUAGAGGAAGUCACAGGAACGAGAGAUUCUACUGGAGAACCUGAAGUGACCAGUUAUCACAGCUGCUUCCUGGGUACCGUUGAUUACAUAUGGCGUUCUGAAGGUCUUCAAACUGUGAGGGUACUUGCUCCAAUUCCAAAACAAGCCAUGCAGUGGGUUCAGGGUUUCCCCACCAAGAAAUGGGGAAGUGAUCAUAUUGCUUUGGUUUCGGAAUUGGCGUUCACAAAAGACAUUCCUGUCAAGGACAUCGACGUUGAGUAGCAGGUGCUGCACUUUGCAUUUAGCUUCUGCUCUUUAAGAGCUCCAAAGUUUCUAUUCUCAUCGAUAGGCACUCAUUCAACCACUUCAAUGAGGUUUCUGUACAGAUUUCUCCCAAACUCCACUCUCGUUAGGAUCCGAUUUUGAAAAUUCAGAACUCGAUCCACAGGUAUAAACGAUCCAAUAUUUAUUGACCCAUUUCAUUUGUAUUUCAUGAAAUUUAUAGGCCGAUGACAGAAGACCUCUAUAACACUCAUUUGAGUAGUGAUGCCAUUUUUUCUGUAUUCUUCAGAUGGGGGUCGUGAAUAUGUUUAUGUUUAUACAUUUUUACAGUGAGAAUUGACUAUCUGGAAUAUGUUGUUGAAAUUCAUGGAAAAUAAAGAAAUAUUUAAAUAUAUAUAUACGUUUAUUAUCUCUUGAAA